UCGAGAUCGCCGCCCGUCCCGUCCCGUCCCGUCGCGGCAGCUCGGCGGAGCCCGCACCAUGGCAGCGCUGGAGAAAGAGGGGGAGCCCCAGAAGCUGCGGUUCGGGCCGUGGCUGCUGAGCGCCAUCAGCAGCGGGAGCUACCGCGGGCUGUGCUGGCUCGACCCCGAGCGCACCACCUUCCGCGUCCCCUGGAAGCACAACGCCAGGAGGGACAUCACCAGCAGCGACCUGGAGAUCUUCAAGGCCUGGGCAGAGGUGAGUGGGCGGUAUGAGGAGUCUUCUGAGGACCCGGCCAAGUGGAAGACCAACUUCCGCUGUGCCCUGAGGAGCACCCACAUGUUCAAACUGCUGAGGGACCAUUCAAAGUGUGGCGAAGACCCGCACAAGGUCUUCACCCUUAACCAAGCCACCCUUCAGCACAGCAAGAAGGGGGAUUUCAGCAGCCCUGAUCCCGCAGUGGACCAGCAGCCAGCACAACAGCAGCCUCAGGUAGCUGGGUGGGCACCGCAGCCCACUGGGGUCCCCACUGCCACUCGUCAGCUGGAGCCUCAUCCCCAAGACGUGGCCCCAGAAAUUACUCUUCCAGGCAGCACCGACCCCACACAGCCCAUAUCACUGGAGAAGCUGCUGCAGCUGUGUGACAUUUCCUCCUGUGACAUUGUCUCCAUGACCCCGUCCUGGGUGCCCGCAGGGGACAUCCUGCUCCAGCCUCACCAGGACACCCUGCUCCAGCUUCGUGCUGACCCCAGCCAGAACAACUGCUUCCCUCCCACAGCAUUUCAGCAGUGGGUGCCCAUGGUGGAGCAGCCCGCCUUGGGCACCUACAGCCCCCUGGACCUCAUGCCGCCGGAGGAGCUAGGAGCCGCGCAACUGCCGUGUCACCUGACGGAGGACGCGGUCCCCGUGCAGUCGCCAGGGGAGGCGAUGUUUUUGGUCCCCACCGCCAGCGCUGUGCCACAGCCACAGCCACAGCACCUGGUGGGUGACACAGGUGGCUUCAUCUCUAACCUGGACAUCACCAUCUACUACCGGGGAAAGGAGUUCCACCAGGAGAUCGUGCAGGGCAGCCACUGCCUGCUGACAUACCAGCCCCUCGACCUGGCGGAGGACCAGGGUCCCUGGCACGUGGUGCACUUCCCCAGCCCUGCCAACAUGGCCGAUAGAAAGCAGUGGCGGAUCACCGAGGACCUGCUGGGCAAGGUGGGGCUGCAGCUCGAGCAACGCGACUACAAGAUCUUUGCCACCCGCCUGGAGAAGUGCAGGGUAUUCUGGGCCCUGUCCCAACAGCUCGAGGGUGUCAAGGACCCCCCAUCCAACCUUCUCGAUCGGAACCAGAAAACCCCUAUCUUUGACUUCAAUGAAUUUAGCACAGAGCUAAGGGACUUCCGCAACCGCCAAAGGCGGCGGUCCCCUGACUUCACCAUCUACCUCUGCUUUGGUCAGGCCUUCUCCAAGACCAAGCCUAAGGAGACCAAGCUCAUCCUGGUCAAGCUGGUGCCCAAGUUCUGUGAGUACUGCUAUGAGAAGGUGCUGCAGGAGGGAGCCUCAUCCCUUGACAGCCACACCAUCAGCCUGCAGCUCUCGGACUCCUUCAGUCUCUACGAUCUCAUUGAGCAGUACACCAUGGAGCUGGACUGACACCCACCCACCACGUGGCCUCUGGGGCAGGCAGCAGGACCACUGGGCGUUGUGCAAACCGGCACCCCCAACUCAGGGACAGCUUCACUGACCAAUCUCGGAACGCACGUGUUUCUUUUCCCCUCAGUCAGCUGCUAACGUGUUUUUGUGGGUUGUGAUCAUUUACAGAUUUAUUUUCUUAAUUUGUCCAAGUUUAAAUAUAUGUAUAAAUAGUU